AUGCCUGCCUUGGAUGCUCCUGCAGAGAGGAUGAGAAAAUUCAAAUACCGAGGCAAAGAUGCAUCCAUGCUGCGGCAGCAGAGGGUGGUGGCCAGCUUGGAGCUCUGCAAGGCCAAAAAGGACGAGCAGACCUUAAAGAGAAGGAACAUCCCUCUCCUGUCCUGUGAUCCGGCUUUGGAAACUCCAGGCAAAGCCAGCUUCACUUUGGAGGAGAUCAUCGCAGGUCUGAAUGGAUCAGAUCCAGACCUCUGUUUUCUGGCCACCCAGGCAGCCAGGAAGAUGCUCUCCCGGGAGAAGAACCCCCCACUGCAUGUGAUCGUGGAUGCAGGGAUCAUUCCCAGGCUGGUGGAAUUCCUGAAGCCCUCGCUGCACCCCCACCUGCAGCUCGAGGCUGCCUGGGCUCUGACCAACGUGGCCUCGGGGACCUCGGCACAGACCCGGGCCGUGGUGGAAGGCGGCGCGGUCCAGCCCCUGGUGCAGCUCCUGUCCUCACCCCACAAGACCGUGUCGGAGCAGGCCACCUGGGCCCUGGCCAACAUAGCGGGCGACGGCCCAGAAUUCAGGGACCUCGUUAUCUCCAGCAAUGCGAUUCCUCACCUGCUGGAUCUUAUGACAUCAGACAUAUCAAUCAGCUUUCUGCGCAACCUCACGUGGACCUUGUCGAACCUUUGCCGUAACAAGAACCCAUACCCCAGCAAGGUGGCUGUGAUGCAGAUGCUGCCCUGCCUCACCCAGCUCCUGUGCCACCAGGAUAAGAUCCUGUCUGACACCUGCUGGGCCUUGUCCUACCUCACCGAUGGCCACAACGAGCGCAUCCAACAGGUGGUCAACAUGGGGGUUCUGCCCCGGCUGGUGGAACUCAUGACCUGCUCAGAGCUCAGUGUCUUGACCCCCUCCCUCCGCACCAUGGGGAAUGUCGUCAGUGGAACGGACGAUCAGACACAGAUGGCCAUAGACGCAGGCUUGCUGAAGGUGCUGCCCCAGCUCUUGAAGCACCCCUCGUCCUUCAUCCAGAAGGAGGCCAUGUGGGCCCUGAGCAACAUAGCCGCUGGGCCCCAGCAACACAUCCAGCAGCUGAUUGCAUGUGGCAUCCUGCCUGCUUUGGUGAGGAUGCUGAGAAAUGGAGAAUUCCGAGUCCAGAAGGAGGCUGUGUGGACGGUGGCUAACUUCGCCACAGGGGCCUCGGUGGACCAGCUGUUCCAGCUUGUCAACUCAGAUGUCCUGGGGCCGCUGGUGAAUCUACUCAAGGCCCCAGAUGUGAAGCUCAUCAGCAUCAUCCUGGAUGUCAUUGCCUGUAUCCUCCAGGCCUUAGAGAAGACAUCUCAGCAGGAGCACCUGAGGUUCCUGAUGGAAGAGCUGGGUGGCAUGGACGUCAUCGAGGCGCUGCUGGUGCACGACAACCAUCAAGUGAGCCACAGUGCACUGAGCAUCAUGGAGAAGCACUUGGGCGAGGGUAGCAAGGACAGGAAGGCCAGAGUGAGCAGCAACCGGCUGGCCUUCAGUGGACAAACCCACCUGGAAUCACAGACCUUGCCCGUGGCUGCACCUUAG